AUGGCUGCUAACAGGGCAACUCCGCCAGCUUUGAAUGAUUCCAAUCCACAAGAAAACAAACCUGCUUCCGGUUUUACUCCGCUGCCACCUAUUCGCCGGACAUCAACUUUUGAUCUGUUAUCCAGGAAGAAGCUUACCGGAGACGAAGAAGACAGUGGCCCGUCGCCCGUUGGGUCAGAUAACGACCUACCGCCCGUGCCGCCCAAGCCUUCCAUGGAAAACGGCGCCAAUCUUCAAAAUGGCAAUGGGUACACACCCAGCCAGGCGCAACAGAGCAAUGGCGCAAAUUUUCAGCUGAAUCAAUCUCACAAUUUCUCUCAACCACCACCUCAGCAACAGCACCCCGCAUUUGCUAAUGGUGCGCCUCAAAUUCCAAAUGGAUUUGUGCCUGGCAGAGGCGCCCCUCAGCUUAAUGGAUUUCAGCAACCGAUGUUAAUGGGACGAGGUGGUCCUGCAGGACCAAUGGGUCAAUUUGGCCCAAUUCAGGGGCAGCCUGGCGCAUUUCCUACGCAUAAAAGUCCAGGUCAACCGUUCAUCUCUCAAAUGGGCGGUAACCCCAUUCACAAAUUUCCUCCAGGCGGUCAAUGGAAGUUGGAAGAGUCUCACCUCUCGGAACCUCUCAUUCAACACAAAAACCGUCUAGGCUCAAGUAGCCCCUCGCUGCAACAACAGCAACAACAGCAACAACAGCAGCAGCAGCAGCAGCCGGCGGGCUAUAACGCAUACGAUAAGGAAACGGAAGAUCCAUUGCCGCCAGCAAAAGGACAGGGUUCAUCACAGUCACGGCCGAGGAAUAAUAGCAAUAGCAUACCUCCGGUCUCAGCAGAGCGAUUUCGUAAGCAUAAUAUCUUUGCUCCUCAUGCACCUGAGCAAUCCCAAGACUUUCCACAGUCGAAUACUGGUCACCCUCUUAUCCGAGGCCGGACUAAUGACGUUUUAAAUCAAGCUGAAGGGAGAAACCGAGAUGCUGGUCCUAGCAAAGAGCCGGAUGUUCAUGUUGACGAGCACUCAGUAUCGAGUGUUACAAGCGAGGAGCAGCCUAAUAAGGGCAGGCGAGGUUCAGGAUUCUUCGGUUUGACGGGUCGCCGUAAUGAAGGAUCCCAGCAGAAUCCAGAGGACAAACCCUCUUUCUUCGGUGGUGUGGCCAGUCACAACAAGACCCAGCCGAAACAGAAAUCUAAUCUUAGUAACUCUAAAACUUCGGCAUUCGAGCAUGAUGAGAGCCCGGAACCUGUGUCUAUGAGGAAACGGUUAUCGGAACUUACGGGUAUGAUUAAGGGAGUUGGAAACGCAAAGGAUGGGGCCGCGAAGGAUGACCAACCUGUGAAGCCGAGCUCUGCGUACGCUUCGAGACCGUCGAUAUCGGGUCCGAUGCGAUCGCAGACGGGAGGACUCGGACCUCUUUCACCACCUGGACCGAUAGGGCCAUCUCCGCUCGGGACGCGGGCUAGGAGUAGCAGUGGGCCUCGACCUUUUGAUACGCAACACGCCCAAGGUGACGAUGAAAAGAAGCAUGGAGGAUUUUUGGGCGGUCUCUUUAAUAAGCAAGGAUCCAAGUCGACAGAGCCAAAACAGCCGAAUCAACAGACACCGCCACCGGGUCAACGGCCGCCGCAGCAGUUUCCUAUGGCUGUCGGUCAGCAAUUCCGACCCGGUCAGAUGCCUCCUCCCGGACAAGGAUUCGCUCCGCAUCCGAUGUAUCCCGGUCAACCUCAAGGUCCUCCAGGUCAACCUGGUUUGCGGCAACCAAUGGUGCCCGGUCAACCUGGCCAACCCGGCCAGCUAAAUGCUCCAGAUAACAUACUAUCGCCUACAUCGCCCCAAUUCCUUGGAACUGCUCAAGCAGUAAUGAUGCGACGACCUUCCGAAAUAACCGUUUCUUCCCAGAGUCAACCAGGUGGCACGCCACUAACACCGGCUCAACGACAUCAGUUCCCACCUGCGCAACCACGACCGGCAACCGCGCAAGGUGUUAAUAAUAGAAAUGUAUCUAAACCCCUCGGAGGAGACGACGACUUUUCGGUAUCAGGUGCACUUGGAAGAGACUCGCCUCGACAUCGACCGUCUCUGGAUCAAGUCGGUUCCUCCGAAUCAGCGUUCGCAGCCCGUGCUGCUCCUAGUAGAAAGCCUGUCGGUUCCGGUUUCCAAAAACUGAGCGGAGAACCGAAUAUCCCAUCUCCGAUACAAAGAUCUACGCCACCACCAGCGAGACCUGGCGAUACGUCACCCGAUUCCGACCUCGAUGAGGACGAAAAUAAACCAUCCAGCCAUUUGCCGUCUGGUCAGCAAAGCCCAACCCUUGGUAAGUUAGGACACGUGCGACAGACGUCUCUCACACCCCCUGGACAAUCCCCUCAACUAUCACAACCCGGUCAGGUGAACUUCUCAUCAACUGUGGGAACUGCACGGCCGAUGCCCCCACAAGACCAACAAUUAUCGACAGGCCAGCCACCUGAAAAUCCUCAUGGACAAUUUGGCAUGACUCAAUUACAUCAGGGCCCGACUAAUUUUAUUUCUUCUGUAGCCGGACCUAAUUCUCAACAUCAACAUCAACAUCAACAUCCUUUACGACAGGAACCCCAACCUUGGGGACCUAGUGUUUCCUUUGCUAACCCACCCACUUCAGGAUCGCCGCAUCACCCGAAUUCGCAAGAUCUACCGGGGAGGCCAUUGGGGAAUCCUGCUAUACCCCCGGAUCAAGACAAGACUAUUUCGAAAUUCUUUGGACUCGGUCCUCAGCAGGGACGGGUUGUUCAACCCCCGCCAGCUAAGGAGUCGAAGGAAAAGAGCGCUGCUUCAAGGCUUCUUAGUGCAUUUAAACGGAGCAGUAAACAAUCUGAUCCUAACCAGUCGCCUCAGCAAAGGCCCGUGGGUAUGAACCAGGUUCCUCCGCACGUGCUACGCGCCCAGCAGUCCGGCGCAUCCCUUUCGCAACAAGCGAUGAUGACACGGCCGCCGAUUAGCGGGCCGGCUCCGGCAGGUUCCCUAGGCCCUAUGACUGGCCUUCCACCUGGCGCUAUAAUUGGCCGAGGUAGGGGCGGGCCACCUCCGGGCUAUGUCCAGAUGCAGAUGGUUCCAAUGAUGAGUGGAGGAGCUGGACGAGGUGGGCCGCCGUUCCAGGUGCAUAUACAAGGAGGUCGUGGGCAACCCCCUCAACCAAUGGCUUUGAAGCCACCAAAUAUUACACAACAACGUAGGAGAUCUACUCAAGGCUUUGAGCCACAAUAUGCACAGGUUCCUAUCCCUCGUGGCUACGAGGCUGUUCACGGGUAUGGCAAUGCGGGUAUGAUAGCUCCUUCGCCGUACGAUGUUGGACGUCCUAGUCCUCCGCCAAACCAACAGCCACAAUACCAGCCCUUUGCACCACCAGGUGUCCCGCUGCAGCAAUGGGAUCCUCGAAUGAUACCAAUUCCUGGGCAACCAGGCAUACAACCGCAGCCUAGCCAGAGACAAAAUGAAUCUGAAUCAAGCACACCAUCUGAUCAGGGUACUUUCUUGGAUAUGGCACCUACUCCACCUCUCCGACGGUCACACGAAGACUUCAGAUUCGAACGUCAACCGUCCCAGCAACCCAUUGGCGCGCUUCCUGUUUCCCAGCCAUCUCGAAGCCUGGAUAUACCCACUCCAUCCAGUGCAAACUGGGGCAGUACCCCAGACAGUUCUCGAAGCAUACAAUCACAGCGAAGACCAGAUGGUCCGAUGCAACCCCGACCUUUAGAUACCAACGUCUCGCCCCCAAGCGAUAACUACAUACAACAAUCUCAACGCCAGCACAUCGCCACGGCUUUGAAUAAUAACAAUCAUCCACCGGCACUCCAACCCGGACCUAUAUCGCAAGAUAGUCCCACCGUGAACAUAAUGCCUCACCUCCCAUCCAACACACCAUCUAGCCACAGCUCCUCCGCAAUCCAAGAACCCGAGAGUCGGAACCAAACCCCGCCCGCCGGGCCUAACCGUCUAAUGGGCAAAGCAGCCGUCGUCCUUAACGAACCGCCAAGGAACGCAUCGCUUAGCCCCGACAUCAUCGCAAACAGGGCCGCAAGCGUGAGUCCCGAGCCCCCGAACCCAUCUCGUCCAUCACCAUACCACCAAAUCUCGAACACAAGUCUAAACAUCAACGUCGACCGGGCCAACGACGUAAAACCAGACGGCGAAAGCGACAUCUACGACGCCACGCCCCGCAAAGACACCGACAACACCAAAUAUGCCGGUUCCGAACGCGGGCGUCCCCUCGUCAACGGCGCCGCCGCCGUAGCUACCGGAGCCGGUAUAGUCGUAACGGUAGACAGCAGUUCCGACUCUCCGCUCUCGGAACAGGCGCAUCCGACGCCGCCGCCGCAGGAGAAGAUUGCGAUUAACACGGAGCCGGAAGAGAAGAUUCUUGUUGAUCAGCCGGUGGAAUUGGCGGCGGUGCAUGAUGAUGAUGAUGGUAUACCGGUUAUGACGGCUACGUCGUACCCCGGACAAGAGUGGAAUCCUUAUGGGGCGGGGGAGUUUAAUGAUUGGGAUUAA